AUGACUCUCGGAAUUGCCGACGGCACUGUCAACGCUGGUGCCCAUACCGGUACUGAUCCAUCUGCUACCGAGGAUGGAACAGUUACCGAGGAUGGAACAGUUACCGAGGAUGGAACAGUGAAUCCACGGGCCGAUGGCUUUGUCCGCCCUGCCGAUGGCUUUGUCCAUGUUGAUCCAUCUGCCACCGAUGGCUUUGCUACCGGUAUGGAGGCGUGUCCCUUGGUGGAUGCCAAUCGUGUUGUCUUACGACUUCGGGGUGGGGAAGCCACAAUUGACAAGAUUCUACGCAUGCUAGAGGAAGAAGGCAUCCAAGCUGCUUCGGAUAUGUAUCUCAAAUAUCGUAAGACCCUUGAUGACUUGGCAAAGUUCACUCUUGAUCAAAAAUUGGGUAUUCUCGUGGAUAAGGACAAAGAUAAUAUGCAGAUGCUCAGUGUACUCUUUCCUGGACUACACUCUGAGUCUUCCAUGUCGCCUCCGACUCCUCCGACCUUUAUUACCAACAAAAUGUGUCCUUCGAUAAGGGGAAAGCCUCCCUCGAAUGGAAAAGCAACCGAUACCGACAACAACAGCAACUCGCACAAGGCAAUGCACCAGUCUACUGCACCCUUUGCCAGCCAAAGCCAGCUUCCGCCCCCUCAUCCAAGACGUGCAUUUGUACAGACACAAACUGCCUUUAUUGCAACCACACCCACCCGCCUUCCUGUGGACAAAUCGAAAUCGCCAGCCAAGUCUCCCUUUGUCACAGUCCUGUUGAUGCAAGAGCAGCAGCCCAAUCGGAGUCAAGUAGCACCAGUCAGCCAGCCAUUGCCUCGGCGCCUCCUAGAUGAUUCUGGUGGAGCCAUUACUGUCGCUGCUGCCAAGCCUGCCACUACCGCCACACGUCAUGUUGGUGAUGAGACUUUGCUUAUUGUUGGAGAUACCCUGAGUGACACCUAUGCUGACCCUACGAGUUUUUUCGGUGAAGAGACUAUGUUGAUGGUUCGAGACACCAUUAAUGACACAGAUGAUGACUCCAUUGCAUCCAUACUAGGCAUUGGCGACAUCUUAUCCAUCCGCAUCCGUGAUAAGGACACCCCCACAUCCACCGACACUUUGGCAGAACUCAGUAGUAAC